AUGGCGGCUCCGGACCUCUCUCAGAUCGACGAUGAAGAAGUUCUCACCCUCGUCCUCCUAGAUUCAACGCAUCCUCAAGUGCUUAAGUCUGCUGACGACCUGAAGGAGCCUCUGCUCGCCCUUGCAGCAGAUUCAAGGGGCGGAAGCGCUGAGGCGGCAACAGGGGAAGCAGACAACAAACAGCGAGCAGCAAGCGAGACAACAGACUUGCAGAGUGGCGAAGCCGCAAGCUCUCCGGCGAAGCUGAAUCGUGGAUUAGUUGAGGGCCUUCUCAAACGCGCCAAGGCAGUGGUGGAUGCCUCGUUGAAGCUGACGCUAGAACUUGACAGCUUCUCCUUCCAUGCAAUGAAUCCAGUAUGGGGAACGGAAAAAAGCGUUCGGCAAUCCCGCAAAUUUCUCGUUCAGCUGCUAGAGAAAGUAACGAGUCGCGUGGAAGCUCUCAUUCUGCUCCUUUCUUCUAUCCUCCCAAAGCUGCCUGCUCCCUCCGUGCCGUCAGUAGCGACCCCAGAGGAGCCGCCUUCCGCAACAGAUCCACGAAGACUGGAAGGCGGAAGGGGCAGAGGGAGAGGCCUUCACCCUCCUGGAGUAGGCAGGGGAAUGCCUCUGGCUCGGGGUUCCGGCGUGGGAGUUUCUCCCUUAGGCUCCUCAGGCUACGAUUCAGAUAGCGGUACGACGCGUGUCGGCUCAGCAGCUGGUGAGACGGAAGAAGACGGCGGCCUUAGCGGCUCCAGAAAGCACGAGAGAGACAACAGCCCCGAAGACGGUCCCAGAAGAUGGAAAAAGAAGCAGCCAUCCAACGUCGAUUGGAUGCUCAAGUGCAGAACCAAGCUCCUGGAGCUAAAGGAGCGAACAGCGAAAAAGGCUGUUUCUGAUGUCUUUAUGACGGAAAGAACAGUGCAGGAGACUAUCUCAUUCAUUGAUCACAACGCUUCUAAGCUGGAGGUCGUUGCCGCAAAGGCCCCCUCGGACUUUGCAGCUGAAGACCGUCGGAUCUUUAUGCAGAGCAUUGAGUCUUACAUCGCCGGACUCGAGAGGGCUCUCAUGCUCCUGGCGAAAGAAACAUUGAACAAACGCCAGCUCAUGGGUUUGUUUGACAGUGCAGUAAAAGUGGAAAGACUGACGACCCCGGCCGAGCUCUUGACGGAGAUGCGGAGCAUCGUCUCGUUGUUGAACACAUUUGCAUACAUGCCGAAGAUGGAAGACGACGACUGA